UUUUUAUUUUUACGACGAUGACAGUUGCUGUUGUACAUAAAACGUCAAUAGCCGAUACCGUAAUCAUAAACUUUUACUUUAAUCAGUCAAAAUUUUAAUGUUUCUAUCAUGUUUAAAUUGAAUAAAGUUGCAGUUUUACUAUGUGUAGUGUUAACAUGUAUAGUCUUGGUCCUAGGGCACUCGCACUCUCAUUCACAUGAACCUCCAUCAUUUAAAUACAGUAAAGAUGCAAAUGAAAAAGAUUUACCUCGGGAAGCUGUGUCGAACUAUGAUUUGUAUGUAAAAGCACUGGGAUCAACUAUUUUCAUAAGUAUAGUACCAUUCUUUAUUUUAUUCUUCAUUCCAAUUGAUGGUACUGUCGAGAAACAACCAUUACUGAAGAUACUGUUAUCAUUUGCAUCUGGUGGACUUUUGGGAGAUGCGUUUCUUCAUUUGAUACCUCAUGCGCUUAUCUCUAGUAAUGGUGACGUUGGCCACAGUAAUAGUCACGCACAUGAUAAUCACGAACCCCAUGACCUCACAGUAGGAUUGGGUGUGUUAGGUGGCAUUAUUGCAUUCCUUGUAGUGGAAAAAUCGGUACGACUGUUUAGUGGCGGACAUGGUCAUUCUCAUGGAAGUGAUAAGAAGAAAGAUGAUAAAAACAAGAAAAAUAAAGCAAAGAAAGAAGAAAUAAAAAUUGCUGGUUAUUUAAACUUAGCUGCUGAUUUUGCCCAUAAUUUUACUGAUGGACUUGCAAUCGGUGCAUCAUACAUAGCAGGACAAAAUAUUGGAUUUAUCACAACUGUUACAAUUUUGUUGCAUGAAAUUCCCCAUGAAAUUGGAGAUUUUGCUAUAUUAGUUCAAUCUGGAUGUUCCCGAAGAAAGGCUAUGUUUUUGCAGUUACUCACUGCUUUUGGUGCCAUAUCAGGAACUGUUUUGUCAAUUUACCUUCAAGGCUCUAGUGAUGGACUUGUCUCUUCUUUAAUAUUACCAUUUACAGCCGGAGGUUUUAUAUACAUAGCAACUGUUUCAGUUAUUCCUGAAUUGUUAGAAGGAUCAAAUAAAUUUUCUCAAUCUAUCAAAGAAAUACUAGCAUUAUUAGCGGGUGUGUACAUGAUGGUGAUUAUAGCACAAUAUGAAUAAUAGCGUUUUAUUUUUAAAAUAAGUUUGUGCUUAAUAAAAAGUUAUAAAACAAAA